GAGACAUUGUUAUUCACUUCACUUCACUCACUACUACUGUAUCGUAAGUUACUGGUGUAGACUGUAGAGUUCUGUGUAAAGUGGUAAAACUUGAAACGAACUGUGCUCAGGCAGAUUUUGUUCUACUCCUUGUAAUGGAAUACUUGGACUAAUAUUCCCUUAUGUUAUUUUGUGUUGUGAGUUGAAGAAGGUUUUGACUUGUGGUCUGUUGGACAAGACGAGGCUAGGCAAGUUGUUGAUGUUCAGGAUUUGAAGUGUUGUGAAACAUUGGCUAGGAUUAAAGUUAUAUAUAUUUUUUUUAAUUUUUCAAAUUAAUGCUUGCCAUAUAUUUUAGGUGGUUUUUCCUUAUUUAGUAUUCAAACAACAUUAUUAGUUAAUGUAAACAAUAGGUUCAUCUUAUAAGUAGAGCUGUCUAAAAUUGGUUUCUUAAGAGCCUAGAAGUUUUAAAUAGGGCAUACCUUUAAUUUUAGUUUAUACAGUGCCUAAUUUUAAAUCUAGUUGUCAAAAUGCCUGAGACCGAUUAUGACGAUGAUGGAGAUCGGUCACAGCGAUUAACAAAUGAUGAUUUUCGGCGUCUCUUGAUGACACCUCGAGCUUCAGUCCCAUCUUCAGCUCCAUCCACUCAUUCAGUUGAAAAACCAGAAACUGUUAAAGAUGUGCCUCCAACAGAAGAUGAUGAUAAAGCAGCUCAGAGGAGGAAAAAGAAAAGUUUUUAUGCCAAGCUUAAGAAGCAAGAAGAAGAUAAAAUGGCAGAAUUGGCAAAGAUGUACAGGGAUCGGGCAAAAGAGCGUCGUGAAGGUGUCAAUCCGGAUUACCAAGCUGAAGAUCCUCUCUCUACAGCUAGUGGAUAUAGAGCAGUUGCCCCUGACUUAAAAUCAGGAUUAGAUGCUGCUGAAAGGCGUAGGCAGAUGAUUCAAGAAUCAAAGUUUUUGGGUGGUGAUAUGGAACACACUCACUUGGUGAAAGGCUUGGAUUAUGCUUUGUUACAAAAAGUUAGAAGUGAAAUCCAAGUUAAAGAGCAAGAGCAAGAAGAUGAAAUGGAGAAAUUAGUAUUGAAACCGAAAAAGGAAAAGAAAGCUAAAGAUGAAGAAGAAGUACAAUUUAAAACAAGAUUGGGGAGAAAUAUUUAUAGAGUUGCUCUAAAUACUAACCUAGUUGAUCGAAACCCUCUAUUCGCACCAGGUAGAAUGGCAUAUGUUGUGGACUUAAAUGAUGAAGUUGCAGACAGUGACAUUCCCACAACACUUAUUAGAAGUAAGAGUGAUGUACCAAACUUUGAAGCGACACCCACAUUAACAACAAAUGAUAUUGUGAUCAAUAAAUUAGCACAGAUUCUCUCUUAUUUGCGACAAGGACCUAGGCAUUCAAAGAAAUCAAAGAGAAAAGAUCACAGGCCACAGAUGGAUGAAGGUAUUUUCCCAGAUUUGGGUGAUUACAUCCCUUCAGCUUCUACAAAAACCAGCAGUACUGAACAGCAAAAAAAGAAAACAUCUAGUUACUUCAGCAGCUCGGCUGAAGAAGAAAAAGUUUCCAGUCAACAAGAAGCGAAAGCAGAGAAGAAAAAAACAGUUUUACCUGCUCCUGUUGUUAAACCAGAAAGUAGCUCUAAAGCUGCUGGGAUACUCUCCAGGCUUGCUGCUGAACCAACAGGGUACGCCGAGUGUUAUCCAGGCCAAGACGAAAUGCAGGAUGCCAUCGAUGAUUCAGACGAUGAAGUAGACUACACCAAGAUGGAUUUGGGCAACAAGAAAGGGCCGGUCGGUCGGUGGGAUUUUGACACGCAAGAGGAGUACAGCAACUACAUGAACAGCAAGGAAGCGUUGCCAAAGGCUGCGUUCCAAUAUGGUGUCAAGAUGGCAGAUGGGAGACGCACGCGCAAGUACAACAAGGAAAAGAAUGAACGUGCUGAGCUAGACCGAGAGUGGAACAAGAUUCAGAAUAUCAUUCAGAAAAGAAAAGCACCAAUUGAGCCUAGCACACCUCAGUUCAAGAUUCCACGUUAUUAAGCAAUAUUAUGAUUUUACUGAUUUAUGAUUAAAAGUACUAUGUUUGAGUUAUACUAUUAAACAUCUGAAUGGUAAUGCAACCACAGUUUAUGAUUUUUAUUGUAUAAUAGUUAUAUUAUUGUUGUAUAAUUUAUUACUUCUAAGAUCAUAGUUUGUUUCAUUGUGUACAUAUUUGUAACUAUUUGGUUAAAAUGUCUCUUGAAUAUUAAGACAGGUUUUGCGUUUGUGGUGAUGAUUUUGUUUCUUCUAACCUGUACACAUUAAAUAAUUAAUAUUAUUGAA